UCACGGUCUUUCGCAACCAUCGGCGAUAACAUUAACAUCAACGCGCCGUCUAAGUGAUCAGUAGACUAGACACCACCGAUAGAGCGUACUCAAAACACUAAGGCUCAUUCAUUCCGCGUUAGGACAUCUUGAAUUUUACCCCAGGAAAACUGAACCAUCUCGAUGCGCAAUAUUAAGAUGAGCCUGUAUCGUCAAUCAUAGAGAGCCGAUCUUGAGCCGGUUACACAGCGUUCGUCUCCAAAUUACAAACAUAAGUCAUUGAUCGUACGAAGUUAGUGGAACAAUGGGGCUGAUUUCGACGAACUUACUUUUCCAUCUUUUUGGAAUAACGAUCACGAUCGCUGGUGCAAUAUAUCUGUACCUGAAACACGUCACUUAUCAUUAUUGGAGAUCUAAGGGAAUCGCGCAGUCCGAACCUGUAGUUCCGUUCGGGAGUGUAUGGCCAGUACUCACUGCAGAAAAAUCUGUGGGUCAACUGAUGCGCGACCUGUAUUUGGAGUUCAAACGGAACCGUAUCUUUGGCAUCUAUUCCUUCCACAAGCCAACACUGGUGGUCUGCGAUCCUGAGAUAAUCCGGUUCAUAAUGACGAAGGAGUUCACGGCCUUCCAGGACCGUGGCCUGUACCACAACGAGAAGAUCGAUCCGAUAUCGGGCCACUUAUUCCUCCUCGGUGGUCCGAAGUGGAAGCGCCUAAGAGUUAAGUUCACGCCGACCUUCACGACUGGUAAAAUGAAGCAAAUGUUCGGAAUAUUGAAGGAAAUCGCGGAGAAACUCAGCAAGUGCAUUGCCAAGGAGGCCAACCAAAACGGCGUUGUAGAAAUCAAGGAUAUCAUGGCGAGGUUUUCCACGGAUGUGAUAGCUUCGGUGGCGUUCGGAAUUGACUGCAACAGCUUAGAGAACCCAGAUGCGGAGUUCCGCGAAUGGGGCCGGAAACUACUUACGCCCAAGCCAGUGAGGAAUACACUGAUGAGUUUGUGUCCGUCGAUCAUGACAAUGUUACAUGUCAAAACCAUUGACACAGGUCCUUCGAAUUUCAUAAUAAACACCUUCAAGGAUACCGUCAAUUACAGGAUGGCUAACAAUGUGGUACGAAACGACUUUUUGGACCUGGUUAUCCAGCUGAUGACCAAGGGUUGCGUAAAUUCGGAUGACGGAAAUGAAGUGCAACGGGAUCCAAUCGGGGCCAGUGAAACGAUUACCAUGCUGGAGGGAGCAGCUCAAGUCUUCAUUUUCUGGCUUGGCGGUUUCGAAACGUCUUCUAGCGCUGCCACUCAUUGUCUCUACGAGAUGGCAAUGAAUCAAGACAUUCAAGAGAAGCUUGCCAAAGAAAUUAAUACCGUGUUAGAAAAGUUUGGAGGCUUGACGUACGAUACCAUCAUGAAAAUGCCCUACCUGGACAAGGUAGUUUCUGAAACGCUCAGGAAGUAUCCUUCCUUCCCUAUCCUAAACAGAGAGUGCAACAGGGAAGUCGAGCUGCCGGAAACCGGAUUCAUUGUCCCAACUGGAACCCCGAUAAUCGUUCCAGUAUUGGGGAUCCAUUGGGACCCCGAAAUUUACCCUGACCCGGAUAGAUUUGAUCCCGAACGUUUCAGCGAAGAGAACAUCGCUAAGAGACAUCGUUAUUCAUAUUUACCAUUUGGCGAAGGGCCCAGAAAUUGCAUAGGAAUGAGGUUCGGCCUUCUUCAGACAAAAAUCGGUAUCAUCACCUUGCUUUCCAAGUUCCGUUUCAAGCCAACACCGGACACCAAAGUUCCUCUACCUCUGGAUACAGGAAACUUUCUACUCAUGUCGCUUGGUGGGGUGACAUUACGUCUCGAGAAACGACACUGAGGGUCAAUAAAAAUAGUGUCUUAUCACACGUUCACCUCUGCUGCUCAGGAAUUCAGCAGUUUUGUCGGUGACUUGUUCUUACAGUGAAAAAUAAACUGGCCUUACGUUGAAAGAA